ACACCUGCUGCACCCUGCUUUUGAGUUGGAGAUCUGAUCUCUUUUUUUGGAGGGAAACCCGCAGUCAUUACCUGAGGGUGUUGAUCUGAUCUUUACGGCUAUGGAGGCGGGUCGUGGGUUGUUCGGCAGCGGCGGUGGAGAUUUCCGGUCGCCGGAGGAGCCUUUCCUCACCCCUGCAAGCUUCUUUCCUUCUUCUCAGGUAGAUGGUGUUUUCCUGACAUGGGAGGAUUUAUGGGUAACGGUGUCUGCAAAGGAAGGUACGAAGGCCAUUCUUAAAGGUCUGACCGGGUAUGCGAGGCCCGGUGAGCUCUUAGCCCUCAUGGGCCCUUCUGGCUCCGGCAAGUCCACUCUCCUUGACGCUUUAGCAGGAAGACUAGAGUUGACGACUAGGCAGAGCGGCGACAUUCUCAUCAACGGUCGGAAACAGACACUGGCUUAUGGAACAUCGGCGUACGUGACACAAGACGACAAUCUGAUCUCAUCGCUGACGGUGCGAGAGGCGGUGUACUUCUCGGCGCAGCUGCAGCUGCCGAACUCGGUGGCGAGAUGGGAGAAGAAGGAGAUAGCGGAGAUGACGAUAAAGGAGAUGGGGCUGCAGGGCGCCAUGGACACCAGAAUAGGAGGAGGGUGGGGGAGCAAAGGGAUAAGCGGCGGACAGAAACGGAGAGUGAGCAUUUGCCUGGAGAUUCUCACCCGCCCCAAACUUCUCUUCCUGGACGAGCCCUCCAGCGGUCUUGACAGUGCCGCUUCCUUCUACGUGAUGAGUAAAAUUAUGGAUUUGGCUAGCGAGGGAAGAACCGUUGUUGCGUCCAUUCAUCAGCCCAGCGCUGAAGUUUUCAGCCUCUUCACUAAUCUCUGCCUCUUGUCUUCUGGUUCUCUUGUCUAUUUUGGCCCUGCUUCUGCUGCAAUUCAGUUCUUCGAAACCUGUGGUUUCCCUUGCCCACCUCUCCAGAAUCCAUCUGAUCAUUUCCUCAAAACUAUAAACAAGGAUUUUGAUGGUUAUGAUGAGGAAAGUUUACGAGGUCGUGCCAGAAGCAUGCCCACAGAAGAAAUCAUCAAUAUUCUCGUACGGUCUUACCGAUCAUCCGACAGAUACCAAGAAGUUCAAACCCAGGUUGCUGAAAUAUGUCGGCAGGAAGGAGAAAUGCUGAAGAAAUCAAGCCAUGCAAGCUUCAUGACCCAAAGCGUUGUGCUGACGAAAAGAUCAUUCUUGAACAUGUACCGGGAUCUGGGCUACUACUGGCUGCGUCUGGCGAUUUAUAUAAUCAUGGGUGUCGGACUAGGUUUAAUGUACAAAGACAUCGGUCGGAGCUACACUUCGAUCCAGGCACGAUGUUCUGUCAUCAUGUUCGUCGCUUCCUUCCUGACGUUCAUGGCGAUCGGCGGCUUCCCGUCGUUCGUGGAGGACAUGAAAGUGUUCCAAAGAGAGAAGCUGAACGGGCACUACGGCUGCGGCGCGUUCGUGAUCGGAAACUCCUUCUCUUCCGUCCCCUACUUACUCCUCAUAUCGCUAAUCCCAGGCCUGCUGGCUUAUUACCCCAUCGGGCUUCAGAGAGGGUUUCAGCACUUCGUGUACUUCGCUCUGGUCCUCUUCACCAGCAUGUUGUUAGUGGAGAGCUUAAUGAUGAUCGUGGCGAGCCUGGUGCCGUCGUAUCUGAUGGGGAUAAUCUCCGGGGCGGGGCUGCAGGCGGUGAUGAUAUUGGGCGGCGGGUAUUUCCGGCUGCCGGGGGACAUGCCGGGGCCGUUCUGGAAGUACCCGGUGUACUAUGUUUCGUAUAACCGGUACGUGUAUCAUGGGCUGUUCAAGAACGAGUUUGUGGGGCUGUGGUUUGAGGGGAUGAGGGAGGGCGAGGUGAUCACCGGAGAUGAGGUUUUGAGGGAUUUGUUGCAGGUUGAAAUGAGGUAUUCGAAGUGGGUUGACCUGUUGGUUUUGUUGGGGAUGGUGGUUUUGUAUAGGGUUUUGUUCUUUUUGAUUGUGAAGGGUACUGAUGAGGCUAAGCCUGCUAUUAAAUCACUUAUGAUGAGAGCCACACCCAACCAAUUAUCUCUCCAAACGCCCACUUAUGUUGUGUAGCUAGCCUCUAAAGUUUGAGGCAACGAGAGAUAAGGUUCAGAAGAUGCUUUGUCUUGUUGGGAUCGGAAGGUCCUUAAAAUUGGGGAUUCAAUAUUUUGGGAAGGAUAGAAAAAGCAGGAGGAGUGGGUAAUUGUAUGGUUCAUUUCUAUUAACUCUCUAAUCAUGAGUUCCUAGUAGACUACUUAUCUAGGAAUACCAUAAUAAAUAAUAAAAGUGUGAGUUUCUUGAA